UUCAGUAUUAUUAUUAUAGUUGCCUCUGUAACAUGCAAUUAAAAACAUAUGCGUCUGUAUUUUUUUCACAGUUACAUAUGCAUUUGGAUGACAGUUUGUUUUCGGAAGCACAGAAUUGUGUUACAAUUAAAAGAUUUAUAGUGUCGAUGCCAUCGCUGAGAGGAGGAUCAGCUGUUGGUUGCUUGUAAGCAGAGAGGAAGUGAUGCAGGAAAAUGCCCACAAUGUAGCUACACUCAAUGACUAAAAGGGGGAAGCACAAAGAAAUUGGCUGCUUUAGUCCGAGAUGGUCUUUUAACUCACUCCAAAGAGUGAGCAUAAUUGAAAACGGAUUCAAAGGCACACGCUGGUUGCCAGCUCUUUACUUAUUUCCAUUCAAAAAGCGGAAUAUAAUUCGAUAUUGAUGUGGAAGUUUUUGUCAGCUGGCGGCUAACCAGUUAGCCAUAGCAAUCUGAGUUAACGCGACGAGUUUGCCUCAGUUCGUUUCUGAUCGUAUACCGAAACCCUGGCCAACUUACCUACUGCUCAAUUUGUGCUGGCAUUCCCGACGUGAUGUACAUCCAAUUUCACACGAUAGAAUUUCCCAAAAAGCAUUGCGGAUGUCAAGGUCAUAAUGAUGGAGCAGAAUAGGAAGACACUUUGGUCUGUGGCCAAUGUCAUCUGAGGGACUGUCUGGUUUUGAAGUCUGGCAGUGCAAGACCUGGACCGUGGCGGCUUUGGCACAGGCCUGAGGGUAUGUUGAGACGUCUCGCCAGGUCACAGCAGAGGCGUCUAGGCGGAUCGGACGGGGACUGAAGGUGUGGAGGAAAGACAGGGGAGGGACCAGGGAGAGCGACAUGGGCCAGUGUGUCACCAAGUGUAAGAAUCCAACGUCCUCACUCGGCAGCAAGAGUGGAGACAAGGAGAGCGGCUCCAAGUCCCACCACAAAAAAGGAGGCAGUGCUGGUGGCUGUGGGGGCCACAAGGACGAGCCCAGCGCCCCGUGUAGCAAAGCCACCAGCGAGCUGUCGAAUGGCACCAAGCCGUUGGAGGUUACAGUGGAGACACCGGUCAUCCCUGCACUGAUGGGGGAACCGCGCAAGGACGAGUGUCUGGAUGGAGAUGGGCUGUCCAUGCUGCGCAUUGAUGAGCUGUUCUGCUGCUACAAAGAUGAACACGAAGACGCCAUCUUGGAGGAAGGCAUGGAGAGGUUUUGUAAUGACCUGUGUGUGGACCCGGCAGAGUUUCGUGUGCUUGUUCUUGCCUGGAAGUUUCAAGCAGCUACCAUGUGCAAGUUUACAAGGAAGGAGUUUGUCGAGGGCUGCAAGGCCAUCCAGGCUGACAGCCUCGAGGGUAUCUGCUCACGUUUCCCCUGCAUGCUGGUGGACGCCAAGGGAGAGGAGAACUUCAAGGACUUGUACCGCUUCACCUUCCAGUUUGGCCUGGAUGCUGACGAGGGCCAGCGCUCGUUGCAGCGCGAAAUCGCCAUCGCCCUAUGGCGCCUGGUUUUCACACAGGACAUGCCUGCGAUCUUGGAGCACUGGCUGGACUUCCUAGCGGAGAACCCCUCAGGUAUUAGGGGCAUCUCAAGGGACACGUGGAACAUGUUCCUCAACUUCACCCAGGCGAUCGGGCCUGACCUGAGCAACUAUAGUGAGGACGAGGCGUGGCCCAGCCUCUUCGACACCUUUGUGGAGUGGGAGCUGGAGCGCAGGAAAAAAGAGGAGGAACAGGCACUGAUGGCGAAGGAGGAAGAGGGGAGGUGUACUGAGACAGAGUGUUCUCCCAACACAGACAGACUUGAAACCGAGGGAAGCCGCGGCUCACAGACGUGGGGGGGCCACUGACCGGGAAACAAGAAAUAUUUGAAAGGAAGGAAAGGAUAUGACCUGCGCGUGAACUGUACAUCUGUGAAUCAUUGGAUGAAUAUUAGUAUUACCAUUACGGCUGUUCAUUUCGCUCUCCUUUUCUGUUGGGGUGGGAUUCCUGCUUCGCGACCUUAUUUUUUUGGUUUCUGAAAGGGCUCUAAGAACCAUUAUGUUUUAAGCACUUCUAUUUAAGUUAUUGUUUUACUUUUUCUCUCCUCCCAUGAGUGUUUUUUUAGUAAUUGGACGUGUGGUCCAUUUUAACCUGCACCUACCUACCAUAACCCAGCAGAUAUAGCUCAGUAAAAGGCUUGGUUUUAAAAACGGGCAACAGAAAGCCAUAACAUUUACCCACAAUUAUCACAUAGACAGUGUUUAUUUUUGGCCUGGUAAUAUUGCUGAUGUGUUUUUUUUGUACAAGGAAAUAAUUAAUAAUGAAGAAGGGAAAAAUUAGGCAACUGGUCUACAAAUAUCUCCUUACUACCAAAACACAAGAUUUACCAUAAGGGUCAUGGUCAGUGAAAUCAUCUUUAUUGGACUAAUCUAGUUAGAUUGUAUGCUUUUAUCUUGCAGUGCUGUGAGGAUAAAUUGGUUGCACUUGUAUUGCCUUCACAAGUGUCUGCCUGCAAUUACAUGGCAGACAGUAAUGGAUUAUAAUUCUGCCACAAGGGCAUUUUAUUUUUUAAAAACAAUGCAAAGUUGUAACAUCUAUUUGAAAAUCCAACUUGGUUUCCACAGUAACGGGCCCCCCUCUCUUCUGCAUUAAGUUUUCUUUUUUUUUUUUUUGAGUGCUACCAGUGCAGUUAGCGGCUUAGCUUGUUUAAGCAGCUGGCUGUGCUCCCCUUUUGAACUCCAGCAUGUACCAUUUUGAUGUCCACCUAUUUUCAAGAAGCAGUUAAGUGUAUACAACACAAUGAUGCUGGCUUUUUUUUUUUUUUUAAUCAGAUUCUUCUAAUUUUGGGGAAGUCUGUAAACACAACAAAUUGGUCUAGGUAGGUCUUGGUCAUUUCUCGACAGAAGAUUCGACAGAACUUUCGCGCACACUUCACAAACAACGUCGACUGCUGCUGGUGAUGGUUGUAACGGAAUGCACAAUGAAAAACAAUGGCAUGCUUAGUGGCUAUACUCGCAGUGCUUUGCAGAGAGAUUGAUGUCAACCACAUUAUUUCCAUUUUAAAACUUUUUCCAAGCUGUAGAUUGAUCUCAAGUAUAGCCUAGGUGUGUUUUGGGAUAAGUGGAUGAGCGUCAACUUGGCAUUCUGGCUAAUCAGGAGUCUGUGAUAUGGGUCCAGUGUGGUAAGAGGGUGGCCAUCACCUGAGCUGUUUGGUUUACAUCUACAAUGGUUUUAUUUCAGACCCCGUUGUCCUUUUUUAUAUAAAAUGUAUGGAUUUAUAAUAAAUAAAAACAGUGUUGAACUUUUGACUGUUGA